AAAAGAGGCUUAGUGUGACUUCUUAGGAUAGGAUUUGCUAAUCUCAUAUGUUGAAUUUCAUGAAUACCCAUCGAUAAAAAAGUAUUCAGGAAUAGUAAAAGGGAGUGGUGGUUAGAAUAGGAAGCUAUUGAGACUUUUGCUAGAACUACAUGAAUUUCAUAUGGGCCUCAAGCAAUAGAAUAUCUGUCUGAAUUCGUGCAUUCCUCAGUGACUUGUGAAAGGAGGGGUAGAAUACAGCUACUGAUUUGUAUUGUGCAUGAGAAUGGACCAAAGACAACACAAUACAGUAGACAGAAAUAAUAAACAUCAAUCAAAAUGGCUCACUCCGCACCACCAAAUAUAUCUCUUCCCAGUAGGGACCAAUUUGACACUCACGAUGAAGUAUGCCACCUUGAUUUGGAGCUUGCGAGUUCCAGAUUCAUUUCACACUAACUGACUUACACUGGCAGGGACAUUCAAGCGCAAGUGAUUCAGAGUAUCAGCAUGCGCUGGAGGUAAGUUCAUCUAUCUCCCCUUCUCGGAGGUGUGCAGAUGCAUUGAAGCUUACGAAAUACCUUCUUCCUACAGGUAGUCUUCGAUGCUCAAAAUGCGCAUCGUAGGAAAUCAUCCCUCGUAACAGCUGAUACACCCCUAGCGACCUUUCAGCGAAGAAAAAACACAGAAUGCUAUGUGCAUGCGCUGUUGGAGAGCCAGCGUAAAGCUGGUAGGGCAUCGAGUAGUGGAUUGGAAGGCAUAGCGGAGACUUUGGCUCCCCGCAGGAUUGCAAGUGAUUCGGAUGGAGUUCGUGAAGGAGAGGACAAAUCGCCAGACCCAAAAAUACACAACCACGUCACGGAAGAGGAGGAUUGCGGACAGGUCGAUGAGACUUCUUGGAGAGAUACUAUCAAAGCGAAAGAUGCGGCACAAGCGGUUGAAGAUGAUGCAAGUGGGAAGGUGGAAUUCCAAGCUGAUGGUAUCGAUGCGGGUGCGACACAUAGUCGCCUUCUUACGAAGAAACAACUUUCUGAUAUGGCAUGGGGAGUGAGGGAAUUGAGUAAGAGGCUGGGGAGUAUUAGAUUAAAGCUGAAGGUCAGGACGGUUUUUAUUCUUACAAAGGCGCAUGAUGAGAGCUUGAUUGCGAAUACAAGAGAGGUUACUAGAUGGCUUUUGAGCCCGGAAAGACAGGUCAGAUACACGGUUUAUGUGGAAGAAAAUCUGCGGGAUAGUAAGAAAUUCGAUGCAAAGGGAUUACUAGAUGAGUUGGAGAAGGCUGAGGAGGGGCAGGUCAAUGGAGAUAAGCAUAAGAGGUUGAGGUACUGGUCAUCAAAUAUGUGCAGGACAAGGCCGCAUACGUUCGAUUUCAUCGUUACUUUAGGGGGUGAUGGAACAGUUCUCUAUGCAAGCUGGCUGUUCCAAAGGAUAGUACCACCGGUUCUAAGUUUUGCGUUGGGAAGUCUGGGGUUUCUUACCAAGUUUGAUUUUGGAGAUUUCGAGAAACAGUUAACCACUGCAUUCAGAGAUGGAGUUACUAUUAGUCUUAGGUUGAGAUUCGAGGGUACAGUAAUGAGGAGCCAGUCGAGAAGAACUAAGGCGGUUGAAAAUGGCGAGAAUGGUGAUGAAAACUCAGCCCCCAGAAGAGAUCUAGUGGAGGAGUUGGUAGGUGAGGAAAUGGGUGAAGAGAGAACUCAUCGACCAGACGGCACAUAUGAGAUUCUUAAUGAUAUUGUGGUUGAUCGAGGACCAAACCCCAGUAAGUAAAUACCAUCUCGCCUCAUCCAUAUCCAUUUUUCAUCAGCAUGUGACUUACACGCAACAGCCAUGUCUUCAAUCGAGAUCUUCGGCGAUGAUGAGCAUUUCACCUCCGUCCAAGCUGAUGGCGUAUGUGUCGCCACACCCACUGGCUCCACAGCUUACAAUCUCGCCGCAGGUGGCUCUCUUUGCCACCCCGAAAAUCCCGUCAUCCUCGUGUCAGCUAUUUGCGCACAUACUCUAUCUUUCCGUCCCAUUAUCCUUCCAGAUACUAUUGUACUCCGUCUCGGCGUUCCGUACGAUGCGAGAACGAGCAGUUGGGCAAGCUUUGAUGGGAGAGAGAGGGUGGAAUUGGCUCCUGGGGAUUAUGUGACGAUCAGUGCGAGCCGCUAUCCAUUUGCUAAUGUGAUGCCCCAGGGUAGGAGGAGUGAGGAUUGGGUUAAUAGUAUUAGUGGAAAGUUGGGCUGGAAUACGAGACAGAGACAGAAGGGGUAUAAGGAGUGGUCUUCAUGAGGAGGUGACCGUUGAAGGGUCUCAUUUUAGGAUGGGAAAAGGUGGGAGAGAAAGGGCGGUGGAUAUUGCGCGGAGAAACAAAGAGGGAUAGGGAGAAGUGGGUUAUGAGAGGAUAUAACGGGAAUGCACAACUAGUCACAAUUGCAGCGGUCAGUGACAACGGUAAUGUAGGGUAGAAUUUUCCACCAGCUAAAGACAUUAUCUUUGACACUGACCCUCAGCGCAAAUUCUCCUUAAACAGAUAGGCCAAUCCACAGUCCACACAGUAGGACGCCUCUGUACCGGACACAAAUUAUGCCUACCCCGGUAUAGAGAGAACAAUGGGCUCGAUUGUUAGUCUCAAUUUCAGUCCCAAACCCCUUGGAAUUUCAUAAUUUGAUCAUGCAAUAAAUCAGUGACGAGGGCGCACGAGUCCUUUUCGUGCAAGUUUUAUACUGGAAUUGUGGAAAUUUAGCCAGUUUAA